AUGCCAAAUAGGACAACAGUUACAAAAUUCAUUCUGCUGGGACUUACAGAUGACCCAGAGUUACAAGUUGUGAUAUUCGUCUUUAUGUUGAUCACAUACUUACUGAGCGUAAGUGGAAACUUGACCAUCAUUGUGUUAACACUGUCAAAUCCUCAUUUGAAAACUCCCAUGUACUUCUUCCUCAGGAAUUUCUCUUUGUUAGAGAUUUCAUUUACAACAGUCUGCAUUCCUAGAUUUCUGAUCAGCAUUGUAACAGGGGACUCAAGCAUUUCCUAUAAUGCUUGCAUGGCACAAGUAUUUUUUUUUAUCUUUUUGGGAUCAACUGAGUUUUUUCUUUUGUCUGUCAUGUCCUAUGAUCGUUAUGUAGCCAUCUGUAAGCCUCUACAUUAUACAACUAUCAUGAAUAAUAAAGUCUGCAACCGUCUUGUAAUCAGCUCCUGGUUUUCUGGUUUCCUAAUAAUUUUCCCUCCAGUGAUUAUGGGCCUCCAACUGGAUUUCUGUGACUCCAACAUUAUUGACCACUUCACCUGUGACUCUUCUCCUAUGCUGCUGAUUGCUUGCACGAACACAGAGUUGCUAGAGCUUAUGGCAUUUUUCUUGGCACUGUUCACCCUCAUGGUGACUUUGGUCUUGGUGAUUCUUUCCUAUACACUCAUUCUUAGAACCAUUCUGAAAAUCCCCUCAACCCAGCAGAGGAAAAAGGCCUUUUCCACCUGUUCCUCCCAUAUGAUUGUGGUUUCUAUUUCUUAUGGAAGCUGCAUUUUUAUGUAUGUGAAAACAUCUGUGAAAGAUGGUGUAGCUCUAAGCAAAGGUGUAGCGGUCCUUAAUACCUCUGUUGCUCCCAUGCUGAAUCCUUUUAUUUAUACUCUAAGGAACCAGCAAGUGAAACAGGCCCUGAAGGAUUUAUUACAUAUCUACUGCUUACAAAACAGCAAAACUUAA